UUCACGCCGCCGUGCCAUAUUCGCCUGCGCUAGCCUCGGACGAAUCGAGUCGACUGCCCGGUUCAGCAAGCAAAGCAAAGCUAGCGACUGCGAGUUGUGAGCCCAACCCAUGGUCGUUUGAGAGCUCGGAGCUCGCUUUGCGUUUGCGUAGCCCUGCAAUAACGCAAACGCUUCUUGUUUCUUCUUCACAUUCACAUCAAUAUAAGCUCGUGUUUUAUUUUUCCAAGGAUUUUCUUUUGUGUUGGUUUGAAACGUGUGUUCAGUCAGUGUUAUUAUGAUUUUGGUUUAAAGCUUGCGACGUAGAAAAUUUUGUUUUGCGUCGCCGGUGUUAUACAAGCAAGAAUAUGAAUGACAAUGGAUGCAUUCACUUGAAUAAUUUUAAGGCAGCCAAAGGAUCUAAUCCUUACAAAAUAGUGCAUGCAUUUUUCGUGUCUUGCACUUCAUUAGAAGCUAGAAGAUACAAGGCCACAUCAUGUCUGUGUUUCACAUGUGGCCAGCCCGGGCCCCGCAUGCACUCUUGCCUUCACUGCAUAUUCUUUGCCUGCUAUGCGGGUCACAUCCAGGACCACUCAAAAACCAAAAAGCAUUUUCUCUAUGUUGAUUUGAGCUAUGGAAAUAUAUUCUGUGCUCAAUGCCAGGACUACAUUUAUGACAGAGAAUUGGCUGAAAUUGCUUUGAGUCAUCGGCUAAAAGAAGCAAAGUCCCUAGGCAUCGGCGCGCCGUUCAUGCCAUGGCUGCCGAACGCUAACGAAGCGACGGCGCUGCGGCGGCUCCGCAAGCGGCGUCUCAUCAGCCCCUCCACCACCAUCGGGCUGCGGGGGCUGCAGAACCUGGGCUCCACCUGCUUCAUGAACUGCAUUGUGCAGGCCCUGAUCCACACGCCUCUCCUCCGAGACUACUUCCUCGGUGAGAAGCACAAGUGCAAGUCGCAGGGCUCCGGAAAAUGCUUGGUGUGCGAGGUCUCCAAACUGUUCCAGGAGUUCUACUCCGGUGCGAAGACCCCGCUGACCCUGCACCGCCUGCUGCACCUGAUCUGGACGCACGCGCGCCACCUGGCGGGCUACGAGCAGCAGGACGCGCACGAGUUCUUCAUCGCCACCCUGGACGUGCUGCACAGACAUUGCAUGAAUGGCGUCGAAGAGCACACCGAAAAGAAAGAGAACGGCCGUUGCAACUGCAUCAUCGACCAGAUCUUCACGGGCGGGCUGCAGAGCGACGUGGUCUGCACCUCCUGCUCCGGGGUCUCCACCACCAUCGACCCCUUCUGGGACAUCAGCCUAGACGUAGCCGGCCCUGGAUCCCUCCAAGCAUGCCUAGAGAGAUUCACCAGAGCCGAACACCUUGGCUCCGGAGCUAAGAUCAAAUGCUCAAACUGCCGAGCGUACCGAGAAUCAACAAAACAGUUGACGCUCGAAACGCUGCCUAUAGUAGCGAGCUUCCAUUUAAAACGCUUCGAGCACUCGUCGCAGAUCGACAGAAAAAUCUCCACAUUCGUGUCCUUCCCGGCCGAGUUGGAUAUGACUCCAUUCAUGUCGUCCCACCGCCGAUCAGUUGACAGCGGGGCGGCUGAUAAUAACAAUGCGCCUGAGGGGGUGUUCGAGGAUAACCGGUACUCGCUGUUCGCGGUGGUGAACCACCUGGGCUCGCUGGACGCGGGCCACUACACGGCGUACGUGCGACAGAUGAAGGGCAGCUGGUUCAAGUGCGACGACCAUAUGAUCACCAGGGCCUCGCUCAGGGAGGUUUUAGAUAGCGAAGGGUAUCUCCUCUUCUACCACAAGACUGUUCUGGAGUAUGAAUGUGAGAACUUAUAAGUUAACGUAUAUUAAAUACUACGGCCUUCGUCAAAAGUAUUGAGUACCCAUUAUUACUAUGUAUAUAAAUAUAUAUUUCUCAUUUUUUAAAGUGAACAUUGUCGUUUAAUAGAAAGAAAUAUACACAUGAUGAAAACUUACUUAAUUAUACAUAGAAAAUCACAUAUUAACCUAAGAAAACAAGGCUUAGCAAAACGGAUUUUCUAUGAAGUGUCUAGUUACCAUUUUUGUAUUUUGUAAUGUUAAAUAAUGAAAUGAAGUAGUGAAAAAAAAAACAAUGUAAAGAUUCAAGUUUUGUAUAGAUAAAGCAUGGGUGCUUAAUACUAUCAGCCGUAUUCGAACAAUGAGAUACGUCAAAUACUAGAUAUUGAAACGAUAUGGAUUGGAUAUGUAAGUGUCAGACAAGUGUCAAAAGUGACGUAUUUGUUUGAAGAAACGUUUUGACACUUGUUUGACACUGACAUAUCCGAUCCAUAUCGGUUCAAUAUCUAGUAUUUGACGUACCUAUCUCAUUGUUCGAAUACGGCUGUAUGGCAAAGCAGUGUACAUUAAAUGUAUGUACUACAUUUUGCUUGCACAAGGUGCAGGCUACUUACGCAAGCAACAUUACAAAGUUUACUUGUGCCAUCGUCCACUGUUAACUGACAAUUCGUAUCCCUUAUUAACAACAAAGCCAUAGGGUCCAUCUGUUAGUAAUAAAUGCUCGAGUUGCAGAAUACAAUAUGCGCAAGCUACGUGCACCGUGUGCAAUCAAAAUGUAUGAGCGCGUCGGAGUUAGGAUAUACAAAAAGUAUACUUUUAGGUGUGUUGUAAUCUUUGAAUAACGGACGUGUAUCAAUAACAUAUGCCAUUACAUUAUUGGAGUGCGAUCUAUCUGUAAUAACAAGAUAUUAUGCUGUUUUCGGAAAAAUCCAACUUGUUGAAAUCAUUCAGCCUAGGGGGCCUAUUCAAGAUGACGGUCAUACAUCGACAAAUGACAAACGAAAAGAAAAAAGUAAUCGUGAUUUCGUGACAGAUGCUCCAAAAAUUCACGUGACAUUAUUUAAGCUCCGAUUGGCGUUUUCUAUCACCAAUAAGCCCAGUCAGCCGAAUUGGCGUUUGCGUCUGAUUUAAUCGGACAAUUUAAUCAGAUUGGCGAAAAAACCUGUCCCGUCUGGGGCCCGUUUCUCAAAAACAUGUGGAAGUUCCUUUCUUACAAAAGCUGUCAAAAAGUGACAUCCGCUUGUAUUACAAGUUACAAGCUUUUGAGAAACGGGCCCCUGGACUCCACACUAUAGUCAUCUAGCUAUAGUCUAUUUUUUUAUUCGGUAGACUAAAAUGACGUUUCAUAAUAUGAGCAUAAAAUGUCAUGUCAUACUAUGAAAUGUCACUUUCAUCAUCAUCUCAGCCACAAGACGUCCACUGCUGAACAUAGGCCUCCCCCUUAUGGGAGGUGAAUGCCAUAAUCGCCACGCUUGGCAGGCGGGUUGGCGAUCGCAGUCGAGUCGAGAAAUGUCGCUUUAGUCUAUCGAAUAAAUAAAUAGAGUUUAGGCCCCAAGAUAAUUGCUAAACCUUAUGAGUGAUGGCAAAUGUUAUUGACGCGCGUCUGGUAUAUAAAAGUCAUGUUUCCUCUCGUGAUAUUAGUGGGUAGAUGUUUGAAAUUGAUCUUCUAGUUCGAUGUUUUCUGCGAAACGGUUCACGAAUUUGUUAGUUUUAAGCUUUAAAGUAUCCUCGUAGAAUUUCCUCGUCGGUACAAUAAGCAACACUCCUAACUGUACAUCCGUGGACCUUAUUACUAAAGGCAUAAGGUCCACUGAUGUACAGUUAACAUUGUGGGCGAUGGUAUGUAAUGGGGUUGGCCUGUGGAAGUUUUUAGCAGAUGGCGCCAUCAUAGCUUGCCCUGUCAAUCCGUAUAAUUGUGUAAUUUUUUUGUUUUUUUUAAUACCCUGGAUGCCAGCCCUUUAAGCCAAAUCUCCUAGAAAAAGGGGCAAGCUAUGAUGGCGCCAUCUAUGCAAACGUUUGACAGUUGCCAACCCCAUUGGAAAGUGGAAAUAUAUACAUACAGAGUGAUUUUGUUAUGUGUGACCUUACUUGGAGGGGUUAUACUGAACGACUUUUAUUAUGGGGUCAACCCCAAAAAUAAAAAUCUGCUGCCUCAUACAUUUCGGCAAACCAUAUGUUUUCUAUGGACCGCAGAAUUUUUCUUGCAAUUUCGGUGUUGUACACCUCAAAGUAUGCUCAGACAUAUCAAAAUAACCCUGCAGGUGACGUUCUUACGCAAAAGGUACCACUUUUUCAAUGGUUUCAUAAAGUGCAUAUGCAUAGAAACUGACAUCUUAAUUUUAGAAAACUGUCAAAGCGGUGCCUUUUAAGUGAGAACGACGCGAGUCAUUAUAUUAUGUUCCGAGCCAAAGGCAAGAAUAUUUUAUUUUCAUUAUAAUUCUAUUAUUUUAAUUAAUUAACUUGCUUUGUAUCUAUUGUCGCAAAUUUAAAUUAUGAUUUUAAUGUUCUUAUAGCCAGUUUAUAUGAAUGGAUGAAAUGUAUGGUACAGUCAAGUGUAAAAAUAUAGGUACACUCAUACUCAAAAAUAUGUCUCAUAGCUCUUAUGUCAGCGGGUUAAGAACUAUGGGACUUAUUUUUGAGUAAGUUGUAUGCAUCCAUAUUUUUACACUUGAGUUAUUACCGAAUGUAAACCUUUUUUAAACACUAUCAAUUAUAUUUAAAGGCUCCUCUU